GUGCGUGCUCCGGGCGCUGCUGUGUUUACUUCCGCCCCAGCCGCAGCCUGGGCAGCGAGAGGCCGAGAGAGACCGAGGAUGAGCUGAGCCAGAGUAGGCCGCAGAUAUGGAGUGGUUAAUGGGGAGUUGGUGACUACAAUUCCCAUCAUGCACAGAAAUCCGCUGUUGGAAGUUGUGGGUAAAAAGCCGAAGCUCCCAGACUGCAGGAGAGCAAGAGAAACGCGACAUUUAAUGAAUGACAUGAAAUCAAAGGGAAAGCCGAAUGGGAAGAAGCCAGCGUCGGAGGAAAAGAAGUUGUACCUGGAGCCGGAAUACACCCGGGUCCGAGUCACAGACGUGGAAAUCAAACAGCUGGUCACCUUGCCACAAGAGAUCGACCUUAAUGAGUGGCUGGCUAGUAGUGUUACAACUUUCUUCAACCACAUCAACCUUCAGUACAGCACCAUCUCCGAAUUCUGCACAGGGGAAACCUGCCAGACUAUGGCUGCCUGCAAUACACAGUACUACUGGUAUGAUGAGCGGGGUAAGAAAGUAAAGUGCACGGCUCCCCAGUACAUUGAUUUCGUCAUGAGUUCUGUACAAAAGCUGGUGACGGAUGAAGAUAUCUUCCCCACCAAAUACGGCAGGGAAUUCCCUAGUUCAUUCGAGUCGUUGGUGAAGAAGAUCUGCCGAUACCUAUUUCACGUUCUGGCUCACAUCUACUCUGCGCAUUUCAAGGAAAUCGCGGCCCUGGAGCUGCACGGACACAUAAACACUCUCUUUAUUCACUUCCUGUUAUUCGUGCGGGAAUUCAGCCUGCUGGAUCCCAAGGAGACCUCAAUACUGGAUGACCUGUCGGAAGUCCUUUUCUCGGAGGAAAACAGGGAGGCGGUGGGGGCUACGGGGGAGGCACAGAACCACGUGAAGGAGAGAUGAGCCCCCCUGAAUGUCCUAAUUCCUGUCCCAUCACUGCCCCUUCCCAGUGUGCCCCACCCCCUACUGAGAGCCGACUUACCUCCUGACUUCCAGUACAGGGGGGAGAAGGGGGUUCAGGACCAGCCUUGGGGGUGUAGGAAGGGAGCACUGCCUGUUAUACCCCGGCCUGAGAGGGGAGCAAACCUGGCUCUAAUCUUUAGCAGAAACUUGCACCGAGUAUCACCUUAUUUUUAUUUUGUGUCUUGUGUUUGUUUUUCUCCUGCCCUCCUUUCUUCUUGUUUCCUCUCCCUUUUCACCUCCAUCCCAUCCUUUCUUCUUGUUUCCUUAUCAUCUCCAUCCCAUUCUUUCUUCUUGUUUUCUCUCCCCUUUCAUCUCCAUCCCAUCCUUUCUUCUUGUUUUCUCUCCCCUUUCAUCUCCAUCCCAUCCUUUCUUCUUUUUUCUUCUCCAUCCCAUCCUUUCUUCUUGUUUCCUCUCCCCUUUCAUCUCCAUCCCAUCCUUUCUUCUUUUUUCUUCUCCACCCCAUCCUUUCUUCUUGUUUCCUCUCCCCUUUCAUCUCCAUCCCAUCCUUUCUUCUUUUUUCUUCUCCAUCCCAUCCUUUCUUCUUGUUUCCUCCUCCUUUUCAUCUCCAUCCCAUCCUAUCUUCUUUUUUCUUCUCCAUCCCAUCCUUUCUUCUUGUUUCCUCCUCCUUUUCAUCUCCAUCCCAUCCUAUCUUCUUGUUUCUUCUCCCUUUUCAUCUCCAUCCCAUCCUAUCUUCUUGUUUCUUCUCCCUUUUCAUCUCCAUCCCAUUCUUUCUUCGUCUUCUCCCUUUUCAUCUCCAGCCCAUCUUUCUUCAUUUUUCCUCUCCAUCCCAUCCUUUCUUCAUGUUUCCUCUCCAUCCCAUCCUUUCUUCAUGUUUCCUCUCCAUCCCAUCCUUUCUUCUUGUUUCCUCUUCCUUUUCAUCUCCAUCCCAUCCUUUUUUUCAUCCCCUUCUUCUUAUCAGACCGUGUCAGGCUUCAUUCUCUUAUUCCGAGGAAAGAUUUGCAUCUUCUCUUUUAUUUUGCUGUGGUUUUCCAAGAAAUGUUUGGGACUUCUGAGUCGGAUGAUUAGGCUGGAAAGAUACGAGGCUCCUUCCUGGCACCUUCUGCGGCUUCUUGGAGUUGGAUCCGGUCUCCCACGCCCGCUCCCAUCUUUGGGCAACAACUUCUGUCCCCACUUCAUGAUGAUGGGGGAAAGCAGGAUACUCACCCUUCAUUGGGGUGGAAAAAUACUGUCUGCUUCUUUUAGUUUAUCUGUUAAAUAAUGAUAAUAUUAAUAAAAAAAAACAGAUUCUAUUA